AUGGGGGCGAAAGGGCUUUUUCAACUCUUAUCAAAUUUUGGUGUGGUGCUGGAUGCGUACAUUCCGAACAAGAGGAGAAAAUCUACAGGAUCCAGAUUUGGAUUUAUCAAGUAUGGUUACUCGGUAGCAACAGAUAUGGCUCUGCAGAAAGCUAAUGGACUUUGGUGUGAUGACAAAGCACUGAAGGUUAAAAUGGCUGAGUUCAGCAAGGUACAUGAUAAAAAUCAAAGUAUCCGACAACCAGUACAGCAGUGGAGGGAAAAGGAUGGACAUCACACUGUAAGGGCUCCUUAUCAGGGGAGAAAGUCUUAUGCCGAUGUGGUUAGAGGCAGGGGCCCUCAACCCAACUCAGCCCGAACUAUUAAGGUACAGAAAGGUGCAAAUGGAUGGUUGUAUGAAAGUGCAGUAGUAAGAUUGAAACCACACCUCUCGGUUGCAGAGUUUCUGGGGCUGAUUACUUGUUUGCAUGCCCAACUCUGCACUCAACAACAGACCUAUGCAUUGCUCCAAUUUAAGCAACAAUUUUCCUUCAAUAAAUUUGCUUCCUACACAUUGGUCCGUGACAACGGUGUUUCCGUCACAUACGUCGAUCUCUGUGAUUAUUCUUACCCGAAGAUGAAGUCGUGGAAGGAGGGUUCUGAUUGUUGCUCAUGGGAUGGGGUCGAGUGUGACAACAACACAAGUCAAGUAAUUGGCCUCGACCUCAGUUGCAGCAGGCUCAACGGCACCAUCCAACCCAAUAGCACCAUCUUCUACUACUUUCCUCACCUCCAAAGCCUCAACCUUGCUUUCAAUGACUUCGGUAUGUCUCCAAUCUCAUCUGAAUUUAGUCGGUUCACCAGACUGACACACCUCAACCUCUCAUGGUCUAGUUUUUCUGGCAAAGUCCCUAUAGAAGUCUCCUUUCUGAGCAAAUUGGUCUCGCUUGAUCUCUCUUCCAAUGAUGGUUUGAGGUUGGAAGAACCUGGAUUUGAUUUACUUGUUCAAAACGUAACCAAGGUAAGAGAACUUAAUCUUCGAGGUGUUUACAUAUCUUCAGUAGUUUCGAAUUCCUUGCUCAAUCUGACUUCUUUAACACAUCUCGAUCUUAUUUGGUGUGGAUUGCUUGGAAAAUUUCCUGACGGAAUAUUCCAUUUACCACAUCUGAAUGAGCUUCGUAUAGGUGAAAAUACUGCUCUCACUGGUUAUUUUCCCGAGUUUAUAAACUCGAGCAGUCCUAUCCAGUACUUGUACCUUACAGACACUAAUUUCUCUGGAGAACUACCCGACUCAAUUGGGAAUUGGAAGUCUUUGAAUAUGUUGGAUGCCAGUGGUUGUAAAUUUUAUGGAUCCAUCCCUACCUCGCUCGGAAACCUUACGGAAAUGGCUUAUUUAGACAUCGGAUAUAACAAUUUCACUGGCAUGCUCCCAUCUUCCCUUUCAAACCUUGGAAAUCUCGUCUACUUGGGCGUUGGGGGUAAUAAUUUUGAAGGUAAAAUCGCAGAUUUUUUACCUAAUGUAAAAAGUCUUCUUUAUUUAUAUAUUUUUUCAAAUAACUUUGGCGGUCCAUUCCCAUCAUUGCUUGCAAACCUAACAUCACUUGUUAGCUUAGAUUUGUCAAAUAAUCAGCUAGCGGGACCUGUUCCAUUACAAAUAAUUGGACUUCCAAAUCUAACAUGGUUAAGUUUAGGUGACAACUUAAUCAACGGUGCAAUUCCAUCUUGGGUCUUCAGCUUGCCAGCAUUGGAAUACUUUAACCUCAGUAAUAACAAAUUGACUGGCCAUAUAAAAGAGUUCAAAUCCACUCAUUUAACUGUAGUUGAUUUGAGCAAUAACAACCUACAUGGUAGGUUUCCAAGUUCAACCUUCAAACUCGUAAACCUUACUAGUCUCAUUCUUUCAUCAAAUAACUUCAGUGGUGAGCUAGACAUGCUCUGUCAUGCAGUUUCCCUUCAAGUUCUUCUCUUGUCUAGUAAUAGCUUUAAUGGUUCUAUUCCACAAUGUUUAGGAAACUUCAGCAGACAUUUCUAUGUGCUCGAUCUGCAGAAGAAUAAUUUUUCUGGCACCAUUCCUAAUACAUUUGUAAAGGGAAAUUACUUUGAAACUAUCAGCCUUUAUGGAAAUGGAUUUGAGGGGGAAGUACCAAAAUCUUUAGUCAAUUGCAAAAUGCUAAAAGUGCUAGAUCUUGGAUGUAACAAGUUCUCUGCUAAAUUUCCAUAUUGGUUGGAAAAACUACAGUGGUUGCAAGUUCUAAUAUUGAGAUCUAACAAAUUCCAUGGACACAUGCCAACUUCCAAAGCCAAAUUUCUCUUCCCUAACUUGCGAGUUAUGGAUUUGUCAGACAAUUAUUUUACUGGUCCAUUGCCGAAAAAUUAUAUCAAUAAUUUCAAUGCUAUGAUGAAUGUCAACGAAGCCAGUUAUAAAUUGCAAUACUUAAGCAUGGCUGACAGUAAUUACUAUUGUUUGACUAUAGUAAUCAAAGGAUCAACCAUAGAAAUGGUAAAAGUCCUAACCAUUUUCACUGCAAUUGAUUUAUCGAAAAACAAUUUUGAAGGUGAGAUUCCAGAGAUCAUUGGAAGGCUGAAUUCAAUCCGAGGGCUCAACUUAUCCCACAACAACCUUAUAGGUUGUAUACCGGCAUCUCUUGCUAAUUUGACAACGCUUGAAUGGUUAGAUCUCUCUUCCAACAAAUUCACUGGGGAGAUUCCUCAACAACUAAGGAAUUUGAUAUCCCUUGAAGUCUUGAACCUUUCGCAGAAUCAACUAAUAGGACCGAUACCACAAGGCAACCAAUUUGAUACAUUUUUAAAUGAUUCCUACAUUGGCAACUUGGCAUUAUGUGGACCUCCAUUGCUUAAUACAUGCAAUCCAAGGACACCACAACCACCACCCUUGAUGUUUCAACAAGAAGACAAUACUUCAAGUGGAUUCAAUUGGGAAGUCAUAUUACCGGGUUAUAUAUGUGGGCUUGUAUGGGGACUUGUUAUGGGAUAUCUUAUGUUCUCUAGAGGAAAACCUCAAUGGCUUGUGAGGAUCAUUGAAGGUGAACGAAAUGGAAGCAGAAAGAGAUUUAAAAAGCAUGCUCACAAGAAUAGAGGAAGGUGA